ACUGCAGCCAAAGCGCCGGCCUCGUUUGAGCUCCUCGUCGUCGCGAGCUUGUCGGAACCCUAGCAAUGUCGGUGCCGGCUGAUGGUGCCUGGGCGGGGAGGAAGCCGCCGAAGCGCCUCGGAGGUAUGGCUGAGGCCCUCUCCAUUGCCUCCGAUCUCGGCUUCUCCAUCCCUCCCAUCCAGGAAGACAGCCAAGGCAUAUCCAACUCAUCAACUGGGGACAAGAGUGAUGAUUUAAUCAGAGUUUUGAGAGAGCUUACUUCUGUGCAGCGGAACAUUGCCAAUUUACAAGUGGAGCUUCAAGGGCGCAAGGAUGACAAGAAUGUCGCACAUCUGACUCAUGUCAGUGAGAUGGAGAAGAAAUGUGAGUCCUUGGCAAGAAUGACUGCUAUACUGAAGGAUGUCAUUCAGAAUAAGGAUCGCAUCAUUGCCCGUCUGCAGCAACCAUAUUCUCUAGAUUGCAUUCCAGUGGAAGCUGAAUAUCAGAAGCAGUUUUCAGAGUUAUUGCUAAAAGCUGCCAGUGAUUACGGGGCCUUGACAGCUUCGGUAGCCGAUUUUCAAUGGAGCCAGAAUUUCAGGGAACCACCCUCAGUGUGGGGGGAAAUGUUGCGGCCAAUCCCUUCUGCUCUAGCAUCAUGUACACGUUUCUUCGAAGCCAUGUCUGCGAUGAGGGACUCAUUUGCCACCCUCCAGCAACUGCGCGUAGGCCACUCUUUGCCCAUGACUCCGAGUGACUCCACCGGCGAUUCUAAAUUCGCAACCCCGCCUCAAUGGAAAGAUGAGACAACCUCCGACGACUCAAUGGUUGGCAGUUGGAGGAAGCUCGAGGCCGAUAAUCAUGACACAGAAGACAGUGAUGCAGGUGAUAAUAUCAACCAUCGAAGGCUAUCCUGGCCGCCCCCGAUGAAGAAGGGCUUAUGAUUGACACACCGAUCAUACUUGAAUACGAUCGAUUGCAUUCGCUUCUCAUCUGUAUGUGCCAGUGUCGUCUUCUUUUUGCUCUUGUACUACUAUUCUUUGUAGAGAGUUCAGAUUAAAACUUAAACAAAAUGAGUGUUAUGGAUAUUUCUGAUUCAAUGUGUGGAGUUUGUUUGCA